GGACGGACGCUAUUGAUGACGGACCGGUUUCCAGGGAGCUCUUCCGGGGUCAACAGACGCAGUUGGUGCACACGUUUUGGACGCUGUUUAUUUGUGUUCCGUGCUGUUUAGUUACUGAAUCUCCUUUCGACGUUCACGGUGUGUGUUUUUCGGUGGACUCGGACAGAGAGCGGCUGAGUUAUGAACCCGGUCCUCCGGAAGUUGCAGGUGUCCAUCACACAACAGGUGCUGGUGUUAAAUCAAGCAUUUACAUCAUGCAGGGCCACACCGUCCAUCCGGCAUCCUAUUUGGUGCACGGCUUCUGCAAAUGAAAGACAGUACAGAAGCAUGCCAACCCACGGGAUUGGAAGGUGGAGGUAUCUUUUACCUAAACAAGCGCCAAAGAAGAGGAGAGAAAAACAGCCGAUGAAGCCCAUCCUCGCUGCCACCGACACAGCAUACGGGUCUCUGAAUGUGAAACUGUCAGGUUACGACAUGACGCUGGUGGAACAUUACACCCAGUACAUCCACAACCUCUGCAACCGGCUCGGCAUCAGAGUGGCAGAAAGCUACGCUUUGCCAACAAAGUCCACAGAGGUCAUGCUGAUGCAGGAGAAAGGCACCAAGAUGUACGUUGAUGCCGUCUUAAAGACUCAUGAGAGAGUUGUCCAGGUGAACAGUCUCAACGCUGCACUGUGUCCCGUCUUCAUGGAAGUUCUGCUGAAGAAUCAACCAGAGGGAGUCCAGCUGUCUGUGAAGGAGCACACCGAGGCUGAUUACCAUUCACGGUUCAAGGCACGUCCAGAGCUGGAGGGGCUCAUGGCUCAGAUCAACCAAUAGGACCUUUUCAAGUGUCACUCUCAUUUCCAAAACCGUACAUGACACCGACUUUCCACCUCAUUAGCAAGAAAUACCAGUUUGAAUUUAUUUAUUGCCUGAAAAAUGACUGUAUCCAUUUGUAUCUGACAUUUCUUUUGUGACCUUUGGAAAAUAAAACACAACCUGUUUUCCCCAUCUAA